AUUGGCUGGAGUCGGCGGAUCCCCCACCAAAACGUUCCUCUCUGAAAAAAAAAAAAGGCCAGACUUCAAAUGGUGUUUUAAAUUCUGACUGCAUUUCUUACUUUUGCGCGUUUCUCUUGCUUCCUCGUCCUAACACCAGAAACGCAUCAAGUGAAAGACAGGUGCUGUGUGCUGUCUAUCUCUCUCUUUCCCUCUGUCUGUGAGUGCUACUCAUGGCUUCCUCAUUCCUGACCCGCCAGCUGGCUGUCUCCCUUCAGCAGAACCUGCGGCUCGCCACUCCAGGUUGUAGAUAUGUCAGCAAAACUGCCACAAAGACUGUGUCAGAGUUUGAAAAUGACGCCCCUUCCAUGAAGACUCCCGUCCCAGGUCCAAAGUCCCAGGAGCUGACAAGACAACUUGGAGAGAUUCAAAAUGUUGGAGCUGUUCAUUUCUUCUGUAACUAUGAGGAGAGCAGGGGGAACUACCUGGUGGACGUAGACGGCAAUCGAAUGCUGGAUGUUUACACACAAAUCUCCUCUAUCCCCAUUGGUUACAAUCAUCCUGCUUUAAUGAAAGUAGUGACCAAUCCAAACAAUGUGAGUGCAUUUGUCAACCGGCCAGCGCUUGGAAUUCUGCCACCUGAGAACUUUCCGGACAAACUGAUCGAGAGCCUUCUGUCGAUUGCCCCCAGUGGGAUGACCCGUGUACAGACCAUGGCCUGUGGCUCCUGCUCCAAUGAGAAUGCUUUCAAGGCCAUGUUUAUCUGGUAUAGAAAUAGAGAGAGAGGACACACCAACCCCUCUGAGGAGGACAUUGGUACUUGCAUGAUCAACCAGAGCCCAGGAUGCCCAGAUUUAAGCAUCUUAUCUUUUAUGGGAGGUUUUCACGGGAGAACUAUGGGUUGCUUGGCCACAACGCAUUCUAAAGCUAUUCACAAGCUUGACAUUCCGUCCUUCGACUGGCCUAUCGCACCGUUCCCUAAACUGCAGUAUCCUCUGGAGGAGUUUGCGAUGGAGAAUGCGCAGGAAGAGGCCCGCUGCCUAGAGGAGGUUGAGGAUCUUAUUGUGAAAUGGAGGCAGAAGGGCAAACCAGUGGCUGGAAUUGUGAUAGAGCCCAUCCAGGCAGAGGGAGGAGACAACCAUGCCUCCCCUGCCUUUUUCACCAAACUACGCAAUAUUGCAUGCAAGCAUGGCUGUGCUUUCCUCGUGGAUGAGGUGCAGACAGGUGGAGGGGCUACAGGCAAGUUCUGGGCCCAUGAGCAUUGGGGUCUGGAUGACCCUGCCGACAUGGUCUCCUUUAGCAAGAAGCUGCUCACAGGAGGAUACUUCCACAAAGAUGAAAUGCAAGCAGACAAGCCCUACAGAAUCUUCAACACAUGGAUGGGAGACCCCUCAAAGAACCUGUUCUUAGCUGAGGUGCUCAAUGUUAUCCGAAGAGAGAACCUUCUGGAGGAGGUCACUCGCUCUGGGAAGGCGCUUUUGCAGGGUCUUUAUGCACUGCAGACCCAGUACCCUAAUAUCCUGAGCAGGGCUCGUGGCCAGGGUACUUUCUGUGCCAUAGAUGCCUGUGAUGAUGCAACUCGCAACAGGAUUAUGCUUAAGGCCAGGAACAAGGGUGUUCUCCUGGGUUCUUGUGGAGAAAAGUCCAUCCGUUUCCGUCCCGCACUAGUCUUCAAGGAGUAUCAUGUCCAUCAGCUCUUGAACAUCCUAAAUGAUGUCCUGGCUGAGCAGAAAUAGAGCCCUGGCUGGCAGGUCGGACACAAUUAAGAAGCAUAGAUGUACAAACCCAUAAAGGGUUUCUGCAAGCUUGUCACAAUUAAUCGGUCUCUCUUAGCCCAUUCUCGUCUUGCCAUUUCUAAUUAAAAAAGAUAUAAAUCAGCUUUCUAUCUUUAUUAAUUAGUCAGACACAGAUGUCACCUCGGCUCCACAUUCUCUUCUUUUACCGAAAGUGGCCAUAUAUAAGAUUAAGGAGUAUAUAGUUAGGAAAUAUCCUGGUUAUAACACCCCCAAAAAAGAAUGGUCACUCACUUGGAUUGUAUACUUAUGAACAAAAAUGAAACAGUCUUUUGCACAUCUCUCAUGCUGAUGUUGCAAAUUUGUUUGUGAACUAUAGAAAGAAGUGACUCAGGACCAGAGUUCUAAUGUGUAACAUUUUCACAUACAAAAAGUUCCACAGCUGUAUGAGCUCGCUGAGGCAGGACAGGAUUUCUAAUUGCAAUAUUUCUCCUUUCAUAUUCUAGAAUUAAAAGCUGUCCUGGUCUUAGUUUGGAAGUUAACAUGAAAUAAGUGAUCUUAAGGUAUUGAAAAACACUCAAAAUGUUUGCCUAAUUUUUUGCCAGCAAGGUAAGUUCUUGCCUGCUCUCUUAUUAAACAUGCCAUUUGAAAAGAUAAAAAUGUAAUAUAUGUAGAUACUAGUUUAGUAUCUAUAGUGAAAUGACUGCACUGGAAAUGUUGUUUAUAUUGUGAUUUUUGCAUGAUGACAGAAUCGAAUUUACAGAGUACCUGAAUAUUACAGUCCUCUGAAUUAAAAGCAUUUGUGAGAGUCUUAAAAAUCAUUGUGGAAAAGAUGGAUUGCAUCCUGAGAGCCAAUGGAAAGCUGGAAGUGAUAAAGGAGGAGCAGAUAUUCCUGUUUAAAUCUGAAAACCUCAAUUAGCAAUCCCCUUUCUUAAAGGAGACCGCUUAACCGUAUUAUUAUUUUAAGGAAAAGUUUACCCAAAAAUGAAAAUUCUGUCAUUUAUUCACCCAUAAUUAAUUUUUCUCUGUUAGUGUAGUUAUCAUUAACUUUGGUAGAAAAAAUUAAAAAGCGUGAACGAUUUACAUUAUGAAUGAGAAGAAUUACUUCACAAGCUUGCAGAACAACCUCGAAAUCGCAAUACGAAAGACAAGCAAGCGAUUUCUUUAACGAGCAGGUUACAUUUGUAAAAAAUAACUGUGUAAUGCAAACUCGCAUAGUGACUGUUAAAACAAAUGUAAAGUUGAACAAUAAUGGUUUAAAAUGGUAAUAAAGUAUAUUGCCAUGAAUAUCUUCUUGCUAUACAUUUCACAUAAGAAUAAAUGCAAAGGCAAAAAAAUGCAGCAAUAUGGAACACAUUAUGAAGACUGUCCACAUAAGAUCAGAGUUUGUUUUUAAAGGUGAUGCAAAGAAGUGGUUCAGCAAUAUCAUUUACAUGUCAGUACAACCCAUUUGUGGGGUGGGGGGGGCAUUGAUUCAACUGAAAUACACAUCCUCAAUGCUGUUUCAGAUUUAUUCCUCGAGUUACUUAAUGUUGUUGGUCAAUACAGCUUUCUGUGCUUUAGCGCCACCAGUUACGCUGGUUUUGGUAACUGCAGGGGCUCUUGACACCUGUUCCUAAGCUCAUAUUUUAUUGGUCAGGGCAUUUCAUUACACUCGCUGUAAAAAAAAUUGUUUUCUUGGCACGUCAAUGUUUACUCCAGAUGUGAACAGCUUCAUAGGAAUCCAUUGUUUCUAUUCAAAAUGUUAAUCGUGGUGAAAAUUCAUCUUUAGGAUGCAACACCCUUGAGGCUGUCAUUCUGCCUAACAUUUCCUUUUCUGUGGAAUAAAGUCAAAUGGGUUUGGAGCGACAUGAUAGUAUGAAAAUGACAGAAUUUUCCAUUUUGGUUGAACUGUCCUUAGCGAUAGUCUUAAAUGUGAAGAGAGGCCAAAAUAUAUAAAGCACAAGCUUGUAGUUUACUGCUCAAAUGGUCUAACGGUAUGCCAAAAUCUUAUAGCAUUAACAGGGUUUCAUAGUUGACAAUAGACAGAAUAAAUCUGUAUCCAACAGUAUCAAUCUUUUUUUUUUUUUCUCUAAAA